AUGGAGUCUUCACGAGGACCCCCUCGGGUCAAAAACAAGGCCGCUGCGCCUGUUCAGAUCUCGGCAGAGCAGCUGCUUCGCGAAGCCGUCGAUAGACAAGAAACGGCACUACAAGCACCGACGCAGCGCUUUGCCGACUUGGAAGAACUUCACGAGCACCAGGGCCGCAAACGCAAGGACUUUGAGGACUAUGUGCGGCGCAACAGAAUUAACAUGAACAACUGGAUGCGCUAUGCACAAUGGGAACUGGAACAGAAAGAGUUUCGGAGAGCGCGCUCCGUUUUCGAACGAGCUCUGGAUGUGGACUCGACGGCGGUGAUCUUGUGGAUUCGAUACAUCGAGGCGGAGAUGAAGAGCAGGAAUAUCAACCAUGCCCGCAAUUUGCUUGACCGAGCGGUGACGAUCCUGCCACGAGUAGAUAAGCUCUGGUACAAGUAUGUCUACAUGGAGGAAACCCUAGGCAACAUCCCGGGAACGCGUCAGGUAUUCGAGCGCUGGAUGUCGUGGGAACCUGAUGAGGGCGCCUGGGGCGCAUAUAUCAAACUCGAGAAGAGAUACAACGAAUUUGAUCGCGCCAGGGCCAUCUUUCAGCGCUUCACGAUUGUUCACCCCGAGCCACGAAAUUGGAUCAAGUGGACUCGGUUCGAGGAGGAAUACGGAACGAGCGAUUUGGUUCGAGAAGUUUACGGGCUUGCGAUCGAAACCCUUGGGGAUGAUUUUAUGGACGAGAAGAUUUUCAUUUCGUACGCAAAAUUCGAAGCCAAGCUGAAGGAAUACGAGCGUGCUCGGUCUAUUUACAAGUUUGCUCUGGAUCGGCUGCCUCGCUCUAAAUCGACAACCUUGCACCAAGCAUACACGACCUUCGAGAAGCAGUUUGGUGACCGAGAGGGUGUUGAGGAUGUGAUUAUGGCCAAACGUCGAGUGCAAUACGAAGAGCAGGUCAAGGAGAACCCUCGCAAUUACGACGUGUGGUUUGAUUUUGCCCGACUUGAAGAGACAUCGGGCAAUGCAGACCGCAUUCGAGACGUCUACGAGCGAGCUAUUGCGCAGAUGCCGCCGUCACAGGAAAAGCGCCACUGGCGGAGAUACAUUUACCUGUGGAUCUUCUACGCCUUGUGGGAAGAGAUGGAGAGCAAAGACAUUGAACGAGCUCGACAGAUUUACAACGAAUGCCUGAAGCUUAUUCCGCACAAAAAAUUUACAUUUUCCAAGAUCUGGCUCAUGAAAGCUCAAUUCGAGAUCCGUCAGAUGGAAUUACAAACAGCCAGGAAGACACUGGGCCAAGCGAUUGGCAUGUGUCCCAAGGACAAGCUGUUCCGGGGAUAUAUCGAUCUGGAACGCCAGCUUUUUGAGUUUGGCCGAUGCCGAACGCUCUAUGAAAAGCACAUUGAAUGGAACCCAGCAAACAGUCAGGCCUGGAUCAAAUUUGCCGAAUUAGAGCGUGGCCUAGAAGACCUCGAACGGGCGCGCGGAAUAUUCGAACUGGGGAUUGAUCAAUCGCUGCUUGAUAUGCCUGAGCUUGUGUGGAAAGCGUACAUCGAUUUCGAAGAGUACGAAGGGGAGUACGACCGGACCCGGGAAUUGUACGAACGACUACUGCAGAAGACAGACCACGUCAAGGUCUGGAUCAACUAUGCUCGGUUUGAGAUUAAUAUUCCGGAAGGUGAAGAGGAGGAAGAGGAAGAGGAAGAAGAGCGGCCGGUUAGUGAAGAAGCCAAGAGACGAGCACGCAAGAUCUUUGAACGGGCUAGCAAGGUCAUGAAAGAGAAGGAUAUGAAGGAAGAGCGCGUCGAACUGUUGAACGCGUGGAAAGCGUUUGAACAGACACAUGGUUCGGCAGAGGACCUUGCGGCCAUCGAGAAACAGAUGCCUCGCCGGGUCAAGAAGCGUCGCAAGCUAGACGACGACCGGUACGAGGAGUACAUGGACUACGUCUUCCCCGCCGACGAUGCAUCGGCGGCCAAUCUGUCUCGGCUCUUACAACGUGCCCACGCCUGGAAGCAACAGCAAGGGUAG